AUGAAAGCCCUCGUGGUUGUGCAGUGCUUCCCACCGCUGCUGAAGAAUGCAGGCGGGGUCUCCAAGCGCUACUUUACAUUGUGUCGAGCAUUGAUCGAUGGCUUGGGCUGGCAGGUGACCCUCAUGACGCCUGUGGACUGCACCAGGAGUAGCGAGAAAGACAUCAAAAGAUGGAUUGCAGAAGGCAAGCUGGUCCAUCUGCCAGCUCGUGGGGUCCGUGUUCGCUCCUCCACCGACGGUGUCGCGGUCUUCCUCGAUCUCUUCUCCUAUGCCAAUGCUGCAGCGCUGCUGAGGGAAACUAUGGUUCGUGGAGGCUACGACUGUUUGUUUCUGGAUGAUGUUCCUUGGCGCCUGGAGCUGCUUCUGCUCACGCGGGCCCUGGGCAUUCCAACAGUCGUCUCAUCUCACACGGACAUCACUCACAUGAAGGCCUACAAGGGCGUCGUGAAACUGGUGUGGAAGAUUCACAUGCUGAGCACGAGGCUGGCAAGCGUUCAUGCGACGGUGUCCAGGGUUUUCGGGGCCCAGAUGGGCAAGACGUAUGGAAUCCCCAUCAGUGCGAUCUGGCCUCCGAUCUUGUGGUCAGAGGAGUUCAAAGCAGAACCGGCAGAGUGGGCGGACCAGGCGCAGACCUUGCGCUCUGAGUGGCUGGAGAAACUGCGUGCACAGGGCUGCCAAGAACCUCGAGCAAUCCUUCUGUCAGCCGGGAGAUGGUCCGCGGAAAAGCGAAUCCAUUUGCUGUGGGAAGCAUUGCCGAAGGACUGCGCCUUGGUGAUUGUCGGCGAUGGAACUUCCGGAUAUUGCCAGACUGUCAUGAAUGCCCCGGCUUCAGGUCGGCCAAAUGUUCUACCCUUGCGGAAGAUGUUGAAUGGCAAGGACUUGCGUGCUGCAUACGCGGCCAGCGACCUGUUCGUGUCAGCUUCCAAUUUUGAAACGCUGGGCAACACCGUCAUCGAGGCACUCUGCUCGGGGACGCCGUGUGCCUUACAGCCAGCCCAAGGACACCUUGAGUUUGUUCGGGAUGGAGAGAACUCCUGGCUUGUAGACUUCGACGAUGCUGAUGAAGCGCGUGCGAAGCUGCAACGUAUUGUGCAUCGUGGCUUGGACGCUGUAUCUCUCCAGAAGGCCAUCCCCGACUUUGAGAAGAUGGGUCGCAAGCUGCGGACGAGCAAUUUCGCGCGUGACUUCGACGAGUGUGUAUUGCAAAAAGCAUUGGCCGAAGGAAACCGCGUACGAAGCUUGCUCGGGUGGUUGCUGGAGAUUUGCGAGAGAAGUCUGGCCAUGAUUCUGUGCGUCCUGCUUUUCUUUUUCUUGAGAACCUUUACGAGGAUUGCAUUCAUCACUUCAGCAGACCCACAGUUCGAGGUUUUGGGGCAGCUCGGUGGGGCAGUCGAUGACGGCCGAGGAAAAUCUGUGUGGACCUUCCCGUGCAUGAGGAUUUUUUCGUCAUGUGAAGCCCGGGACCCUGCUGCGGCGAGCGCGGCAGAGGAGGGCACGGACUACGAGUCUCAUUUCAGGCCAGCACGACGGCGCCCAGCAGAGGCACUCGAGGUGUUCGAACCGGGAGUUGGCGGCUCCAUGCCAAGUGCCGAAGCCACAGCGCGCUUUGUUGGCUUUGGUGGUUAUUUUGACUUAUGA